CAUAAACUACAAAAUUUGUCGUUAUGGAUGUUCAACCAAAUCCACGUGACCAGACAAAUGCAGAGAGGAAAAGCGCUGAUAAAGUUAAAUAUGGCAACGAAGAGCGACCAUCCAAUAAUAAUGAAUCCAAGGAAUUAAGCAGCCGCAGAGAAGGAAGGAAAUAUAUUAAAACAAGUGAGAGCCACAAAAACACGACGUCUGAAAUUGUAGCAAUAGCUGUUUCAUGGAUCCUUGUAUUGGUCACCUUUCCACUCUCCAUAUUAUUCUGUUUCGUUACGAUCGCAGAGUUUCAUCGAGCGAUAUUCUUUCGUCUAGGCCGUGUUAGACAAGCCGCACGUGGGCCGGGUCUGAUCUGGUUUUUACCUUGCAUUGACUCCUACUCUCUGGUGGAUCUGCGCACGAGAGUGGAGGUGAUUCCAACCCAGGAGAUGAUCACUAAGGACUCAGUGACGAUCAGCGUCGAUGCAGUCCUGUUCUAUUAUAUCACAGGCUCAUUGCAUGCGACAAUUCAAAUCUCGAAUGUCCACGAAUCAACUAUUUUUAUAGCUCAGACAACGCUGCGUAACGCUGUGGGUUCCAAAACGCUUCAUGACCUGCUGACUUCCAGGGAAGCUCUGUCUGAGGAGAUUGGUCUAGCUGUAGACCGCGCAACCGAGAAGUGGGGUGUGAGGAUCGAAAGAGUCGCAAUUAAGGACAUAAACCUUCCAGAAAGUCUUCAGCGGUCGAUGGCUAGCGAGGCGGAGGCAAUGAGGGAAGCUCGUGCUAAGAUCAUAUCUGCGGAGGGAGAGCUGCUGGCUUCGCAGGCAUUGAAGGAAGCAUCAGACGUGAUGGCUCAAAAUAAAAUUACCCUACAGUUGCGGCACUUGCAGAUCUUAACAUCGAUUUCUCAUGAGCGCCACCUUAAAAUUUACUUCCCCAUGCCAAUAGAAAUGUUGUCAACUUUUACAGAAACUGGCGGGGGUCAGCGUAAGAUUCCUGGAAACCCAGAUGACGAUAAUGAAUUAAAAUCCAUUUUCACGGCCAUGUUUGAGCCACUCAUGAAAAAUCCCGGCGAGCCAUUGACUUCCGACGGUGAAUCUUAUAUGGGCCUGGAUAAAGUAAAUGAAACCAUUUACAAAGACUUUAUGAGUAUUCACACUGAUCUCCCAGAUGCCUCAGAAGAGAAACCAAAUCAGACUCAAAAGCAACAAAAUCUAUCUGAAUCGCAAACUAUUUUAACAGAUUCCAAUUCAAAUUACCAAGAUCUGAAUUCGACAGAUGGUAAGGAUUCUUCUGCAACAGGAGCAGAACCUUCCGAAUCCAAACCCGAACCAAGUACAGAUAAAGAUGUUGCCAUUACAGCAACGGGCCAAGAUCAGUCUGAAGCGCAACCAGAGUCGCCCGCUUCUGUACCAGGUAAUAAAAAUGCUUCAAAUACAACCCCACAACCGCCUGAACCUGAGCCGCAACCACAGCAUACCAGUCCCAGUCGAGAUAAUGUUCCCGGUACAGAGGCAACUCAAACACACCGGCGCGCCUGUAAGUGAUUAUCAAGAGCUGCUGAGUUUAUUUAAAUUAAAAUUUUUAUUUACUUACUAGCAGCUGCAAGCAAGAAGUAAAGUCUAAUGUCACGAGUUGUAUUUCCACAUUUCCCGUAGUGAAAGCAAAUUUUCAAUGUGUCUUAAACGCAAGUAACAUUUUUAUGUAGCAGCUCAAACCUUAUAAUAACAUGAGAUAAUUUUCUUCUAAUGUCUGUAACAUGUUCAAUUUGUUACGUAUAUUGUGCUUUAUUUGUUUUAUUUUUGUUUUAUUAAAUUAUUAUAUCUGA